AUGGCCAUUCUUAAAGUAAAAUUCACCAAAACCAAGCGAGACAAACUGGCUCAAAUCCUAUGGAUUCUCAACUGGUUUUCUGUGAUAUCUGGCGCAGUUGUGUUCAGCCUUGGACUCUUCCUAAAGAUCGAAAUAAGAAAACGCAAGGAGGUGAUAGCGAAAUGGGAUAUUAACUCUGUUCCAAAUACUUUAAUUUCUAUUGGAGCCAUAGUUUGCAUGAUCAACUUUUUUGGAGGUAAAAUAUGUUAUGACUGCACGGAUGCCAAUAAAUUUAACCGCUGGAAGCUGAUCAUGCUCCCUUAUAUUGUAUGCACUCUCUGUUUUACCUUCUACAUCUUUGUGGGUGCUAUUAUGUGCUAUACUAUGAGAAAUGAAUUGGAAGAAUCUCUAUAUCUGGGAUUGGGAAAUGCUAUUAAAUUCUACAAAGAUACAGACAUUCCUGGAAGAUGCUUUUUGAAGAGAACUAUAGACACUUUGCAGAUCAGAUUCCAGUGCUGUGGAAACAAUGGUUUUAGGGAUUGGUUUGAAAUUCAGUGGGUAUCACCUCGUUAUCUGGAUAUGACUUCAGAGAAUGUUCUAGAUCGUCUAAAAAGUAAUAUUGAUGGGAAAUUCUUGGUGGAUGGAGUCCCCUUCAGUUGUUGCAAUCCAAACUCACCCCGACCAUGUAUCCAGUACCAGCUCACAAACAACACUGCUCACUACCGUUAUGAUGUUAUGACAGAAGAACUUAAUAUCUGGAUGAAAGGAUGCAGGGAAGCCCUUCUGGAUUAUUACACUGACAUCAUGAGUUCCAUUGGCAUCAUCAUGUUCAUCGUUUGGGUAUUUGAGCUACUGGUCCUCAUUGGGGUUCGUUAUCUUCAAACAUCAAUGAGGAACCUUCUUCUACAGGCGGAUCCAUUCUGUGAUUCCGAUGGCUGGUUAUUUGAAAACAGUUUUGUGGAAACUGCCGUAUGGAACAUCAACAAAAUUAAACAUCUUGGCAAAGGGAACAAAGUAUCCAGUGGUUUGGAUAAUUCUAAUAUGGAUGUUCACACUGCAAACCAUAAUUCAGAAAAUACUCCUCCCAAAUAUAUCCCUGCAGCUUAAUUGAAUGUAAUACUAAAGACUUGACAACUGCAUCAUAAUGUAUAAGUAACAUGGCAAUCGGUUUGUGCGAUGUGCUAUGCCAUGGCUGUGCCAUACAAUAUAUGAGUUUGCUUGCUUGCUUUGGUUCCUCCCCACCUUAGCAACCCAUUUUGACUCUCAAUCCUUAAAGAGAUGGUGUUGGACCAAUAACAGAAUAAGAGGAGUCCAAAGCAGCAUUUGGUACUCUGGGAAUAAUCCUAACAGUGAGGGGACUGGUAACUGUUAAGGUGGUUGCAACUCUUGAAAGGCCAUCAUCAUCAGACAGGUCUAAACAAAAACAGUUUUGAGCACAGUGUUCGAAAUAGUAUUUAUAAACAUGGUAACUCUUCUUAUGUAAAUUUUGAGUAUCGGUGAAUAUCUGGGAUAUCAAGUAUAAAGAAUAACAUUUCAGAGGAACUACUAUUGACUUAUAUCACUUGCACUACUAUGAGCAUCUAAUCCAGGGUUGGGAAGAAGGAAAUCUAUAAUUCAUUGCCAAUUUCUCCUUGGCCAUCUGUUGCCUACAAGUUGUGGGAAAUUUGUAAAUAUGACUGAUUCAUUUGAGCAUUUUGUUUAAGCAGAAUAUAUUCAGAAUCAAAUAACUAUACUUAGUAAGAAAUCGACCUAAAUAUACUUUGUAAAAUUAAAGUAUUUAUCCGUAGAACAUUGUGUUCACUGCCUUGAAUUAUAUAUGGGAUAAAAGUUGGGAUAAAAAUAUUAAAACAAACAAACAAACCAACCCUGGUGGUAAUUAAAAAGGCAUGUAGUACAGCCCUAGUCCUAGCUUUCCACUAAAGGGGUCAUCAGGCCAAGAGAUUUUGUUUUUUAGAGAUAAGAGAAAUCUUUUUCAACAAAAACAGAUUCAAGAAGUUGCAGUUCUUGUUCAAAUUAUUAAUCAAAAGUCAGCGAUGACAUUAGCAAGACAAAUACGAAAGAUGCAAUAGCAUCUGCUUUGAUACAGAAAUAAUUUAAUGAAGAUUUCUAGUAUUAUUUUUUCUAUAUAUGGAAUGCAAUUAUAAGAAUACUACUUUUCAAUCUUGCUAUGCAUGGAAAUUACCCAUUACAUUCAAGGGCCAUAUUAUUUAACAUAUUACUGAAAAACGAGAAAGAAAAAAAAAAAAAAGCAAUUGUUGAGUAAAAAAUCCCUGAACCAAGAGGAUCACUCAGCCAUUGAAAACCUAGCUUUCAGCACGUACAAAAUCCAGCAUCUGAUUUACAUGUGUUGAUUUGCCUCACUUAAUGCUUUUUUCCAAUAUUUCACAGCCUCAUGUGUGAGCUGCACUGAAGAUACUAUCGUUUGAACUACAUCUCUGCUGUGUAUGUUCUGUCAGGCGCUUGGGAAAUAAGCCUGAAUGAGCAUGAGAAAUGAGCAUGAAUUUACUGGAGAAAUUUCUAAAAUCUGUGCUGCUUUUUUUUAACACAAGAUUCUUAUAGUCAUAGUUAAUGGGCCAUGGCAAGCUCUGAGGCAGAGAAGAUAUGUCAAAACUGAGGCCUUGAUAUGUUCUCUGCCUUUUCUUUGUUCUUUUUUCUUUAAGGAGCAGUUUCUCUUCCAUCCUGCAAGAUCCUACAGAGCAGGUAUACUUCAUGUCCCAUUCAAAAUUUGUAAGCCAGUCAGAGUCCAUAUUGAGUUAGGUGGCCUUAUAGAUGUUCCUUUCUCUCUUACUUUCCUUAAGUUCUUAUGAACUAAUUUAAU